AUGGGCUCGAGGAACCACAGCUCCAUCACCGAGUUUAUUCUCAUUGGGCUGUCUGACGAUCCCCACAUCGAGGCUCUGCUCUUUGUGCUCUUCCUGGUGAUUUACCUCCUGACCAUGAUGGGGAACCUGACAAUGCUGCUGGUGAUCAGGGCUGAUUCCCACCUCCACACACCCAUGUAUUUCUUCUUGAGUAAUCUAUCAUUUGUGGACCUCUGCUUCUCUUGCGUCACUCUGCCCAAGCUGAUGAAAGACCUCCUGUCUGAGAAGAAAACCAUCUCAGUAGAGGGAUGUCUGGCUCAGGUCUUCUUUGUGUUUUUCUCUUCAGGAACUGAAGCCUGUUUGCUCUCAGUGAUGGCCUAUGACCGCUAUGCUGCCAUCUGCCACCCACUGCUCUAUGGCCAGGUGAUGAGCAACCAGCUCUGUAUGAGGCUGGUAUUGAUCUCAUGGGGCCUGGCCUCUCUCAAUGCAUCUGUCAUUGUACUCUUGGCUAUUAACUUAGAUUUCUGUGAUGCCCACACUAUACACCACUACACCUGUGAACUGCCUGCUCUUUUCCCCCUGUCUUGCUCUGAUAUCUCCAUCACUACCCUUAUCCUUCUCUGCUCCAGCUUACUGCAUGGGCUUGGAACUUUCCUUCCAAUCUUCUUCUCCUAUGCCCGUAUUAUCUCCACCAUCCUGAACAUCAGCUCCAGCACAGGCAGAAAGAAAGCAUUCUCUACCUGCUCCUCCCACCUCAUUGCAGUGAUUCUGUUCUUUGGCUCAGGUUUUCUUUGUUAUCUCAUGCCUCCCUCUGGCUCCUCUUUGGAUUUGAUCCUCUCUGUACAGUACAGUGCAGUCACACCCAUGUUGAAUCCCCUCAUCUACAGCUUAAAAAACAAGGAAGUGAAGGCAGCUGUGAAAAGGACAUUGGGGAAAUAUCUAUAA